AUGCUCCUUAUUAGCAAAGUUGAUAGAAACUUUGAUAUACACCUUUUUAUGUCACGCUAGUAGGUCUGGAAGACGGUCGGAUAUUUUUAAGUUUUGAACAGUUGCACAAAAAAUCGCACAUCAUAUUACGUGAAUAUAAAUUCGCAACAAACAAUCUAUAUAACAGAAGAUCACUUGCCGCGGUUAUUAAAUGUUGUCUGUCACAGUUUGACAGCGAAGGUUGGUUUUACAUUUGCUCGAGAUCAAUCUAGAAAUCACGAUUGACGAAUUUAUACAACUGGUAUUCCUAAUUAUCCCUGAUUUACCACAAGCCGUUAUUGAAGUUUUUAAAAAGUAAGAGUGUUGUGUCGAAUUUUAAACUUUAGAUUUGCUUUUGUUAUAAACAAUAUGGCGUCUCCAAAUUUGCCAGUUUUGCCACUGUCGGACAUUUUUUGUUUCGUUAUUUUAUACUACGGUAAGUUAUGUAAUUUAUCAACAAGUUGCCUAGAACUGUUGAUAAAAAUAUUGGCUUGUGAGGAGAAUUCAGUUGCUGGGCUAGCAUUGACGGAUAUAUUUUCGUCAUCCAAAUAUUUGUCGAAUAGCGGAAGGAGUGGUAAUUUCAUACGUAUUACAAUUUUAAAGUACAUUCGUUUUCAGUGAAAACGGAAAACAAUAAUGAAGCUGACCACACCAAAGUAACCGACUCAUCAGUAUCGUUUGCGGACAUCGAAACCCUGAUCUCUCUCUUAUAUGAACAAAACAAGUACAUACUGUACGCAGUAAGGCGUUUAUUGCCAUUCAUUAUAGCAUAAGUUGAACAGCUUAUAAAAAUGGAUCUUGGACCAUAGCUUAAUAAGCACAACAACUUGUCGAUGUUUAAACCUAGCUUGUACGAUCGUAAUGAGCCUUCUAAAAAUGCCUCGAAAAGAACCUACGCUAGUCUAAAUAAUGGUACAUCGUGGCAUUUAAUGAGGAAUAAGUAACUUAUUUAGUGACUGCUAAAGGACAUAAAAAACAUUUCUGAAGAUUGAAUGUUCGGUGACUACUUUGACAGUAAAGGUUAAAUAACUUGUACAAAAAUUUUGUCUAUGUGCAUUAUCAGAAUAAGUUUCCCGAAGUUAAAAAAAUUAAACUUAGUUAGAGGAUAUGUAAAUUUGACAUUCACAGACAUACUUCCCCAAACGAAUUCAUAUGCAACGAAAUCUUUUUUGAUGCCUUGCAAAAUAGGCCAAUUAUUAUUUAGUUAAUGGAUUAUACUUUUAACUUUGUCAAUAUUGUCAUACUUAAUGAAUUUCUGGAAAUUGUCAUUUCUAUCAAUUGGACUGUUGUGGAAAACGAAGUAGAACCAAACUCUUACUUGUUCUGUGAAAAAGUUUAUGUUAAAGAACCUAGUUCACACUUUGCGACAGAGUAAUCAGUCUUUUAAGUCAAAUUCUGGACUUUAGACAGCUCAUUCUCCCUUAGUGUUCGUAAUUUUUACGAUGUCCUUAAACCAAAUUUUAUGGUCUAUUAGUCGCUCAUUGUAUAUUUUACACCCACUUGGUAUUUUGGUACAUUUGCGAGCAAAAAUGAUUCUUAUAUUUCAUGCAAACAUAUGAUCUUACUAGCUUCAACAUUCACUGACCUGCCUUCUCUCUGUUAUAGUCCACCGCUGUCGGUAGUAAAAGAGGCCCUUACUUCAUCUGGCCAUUCUCAAAACUACAGAGUGGUUGACUUUUUGGCGGAUCUCGUACACAGACUGCGGACGAAAAUAUAGAAUCCCACAAAUCGAGUAAGUAUUUCUUUCGAUGUCAGGCAUGGAGAUGUCUAACCGAGCAAACAUUUCGGCUAAUUAGUUAAUCAGUUUGACUGUCAGAAAUGAAAUAAGUCUAGACGACAACAUAAAAUAUUGAGUUUACAUUGAUAAAGGGUGCCUGUGGCAAUAAUCAAUCAGUUCUGGUAAUAUUGGGCGAGAAAUAGACGCGACAAGUUAAAGGUGUAACACUUAUUAGUAUUCAUGUACUCCUGUGAAUCACAACUUACUAUCACUAUCUAAACCCAUGACUUUUGUUGUUCAGUUGGUGUCUCGUUCUCUAGCACCAAUAGCUAUCAAUAUCAGCCCUUUUCGAGUACGACACAAGCACGCAUGUUUACGAAUUCACUUUUCGAUACGAGAGAAUUAGUCGGGCUGAUGCUCGGGAUCUGUUUUGCCUCUAGUUAACAGAGUGCAUGGACGACAAACCUUAAACGCGACGCUUUAUUUCAACAUCAUCCGCCGGCGCCAUCUAUGGCGAUGAAUUUCGGGUUCUUAGAUGUGGUCUGUCAAGUGCAGCCUACAGUGCCAGCUGAUUACUUCCUCUAUUGUCGUCAGGUUGACAGCGCCUAAAGGCAGCAGCCAUUGAAAAUUUGGCUUUUACAGUAACCUAAUACAAGGGAAUUUUUUAUCUUAAGAAAGCCCGUUUUGAAACCAAUGACACUUAUUUAUAUUUUGUGAACGAGUUGUGUGAAGCGGUCUACUUCUGUCUGACGAUGACCCGUCCAUGACAUAGGAAAUUGAGGUAAAGUACACAACGUCCUCAGGCCUAUCGACAUGCAGAAGAAUGGUAUCGUUGUUUUAGCAUGAAAUCGUCCGGCGGCAUUGAGGACAUAUUCAAUUGCUAGAUGGGGAAGAUUUGGUUUCAUCUGGCGUUUUUAUGGCACCUGAGCCCCAGGACCGAAAGCAAAUUCCUUACAUAGUUAAACGUUCCAACAAGGGACAAAAUAUUAUUCGAUGUCAUAGCGGAUGGCCGAGUGUCCCUAAACUUUUGUCUGGAAAAAUUUAUGAUAGACUUUAGUCAGGUUUCUGAUCUGUUGGUGGCAGAAUAUUGACAUCCUUAACUUUCCAUAAGCUUCUUUUUUUAAACUUAUCGAAUGAUGUAAUUAAACCACGAAAAUAGAUUGAAGCCUUACGCUGCAUUUAAGGCCACUGCUUUGUUAUUCCUUGCAAAGUGGGUCUAAAAUUGGCCUCUUUUUGUCUUUUGAUGGAAUUUCAAUUUUCUGAAAGAAACAUACAAUGGCCUGCUCCGUCCGUGGGAAGAGAAACAGGACAGAAUUAUUACAGUCAUGUAGGACAGCUUCUGGGUUUAACGCCUUUUGAAAUACCAUUAAUAAUCAGUCAAAAGCAACACAAGGACGGCUCCUGUAGACUUUAGUUGGCAGUUCAUAAAUAAGCAUGCGACUGCAAGGACAACUAAGCAAUCUCAUUCAAUUGGACUAGAGAUAGUUAGCUGUGGUAAGUUAAGAUUAACAAGGAAGAUCGUUUUUGUGAUAAACGUUUUUGUUCAUCUUCUGGAUAUAAGAGACCUCACCAUUUGUCUCUAUAGACUAAAAUUCGUCUAGGUUAUUUUGCUGCUGAGAAAUACACACUGAUAAUCAAACUGCAUAAAACAUAUUUUAGAACAUAUUCCUCGCUUUUUGGAGUGGAAGCUAUGCACUCCUUAGACCCAUGAAGCAAUAAUUCAAAACAAUGGUGCAGGAAAAGUCGUCACGUAUUUGCAAACGAUUUUUGUCUUACGCACCGUUUUAAAAACUUCUAGGACAAGCAUGCUUCCAUGCGCAACCAAAUGAAUAUAAAAGUCUUUUAACUGUGUAUCUUACUACCAGCCCAGUUUACUGCCUUGACUCAACCAAAGGUAAAACGAAAAUACUGUACGCGAUUUUUUAACCACCAAACAAAAAACAUUAACCACUGCAUAUUGCCUGAGUUGUAAAUAUGCUCCUGAAAAUUUCGUAAAACCAUAUGAUUUUGAGCAGAUUAAGCAGCACUACAUGAAAAAUAAAAUAAUAAAUUACGACAAAUGCAAAGCAUUACUUCAGAGCCUCAUCGGCGACUUCACGGAGUUUAUAAUGUCAGUGGAUGAGCACCGACCAAAACGUCAUUUUUUCUGUGUUAAUCACUUCCUUUUCCAUGUUGCUCGUGAAACUCCCGAACGAACUUAAGGUAUAUUAUCCAUUUGCAGUCUGACGAGGUUUUUAGAUAACUAAGUCAAAUUGCGGAUGAAUGGCAAACUCGCGUAAAAAUUGUCAUACCUGUUUAGCAGAAGACAAUACAUGCUACCACUUUAUCCGGCAACUGACUUGAGUAUUUCAUGCAACUUGUCAUUUUUGGCCACACCAGAGGAGUGGCUUCUGACAAAUGACAAUACCGUAGGUUCCUCGGCAUGUAAUAAUAGUGCAGUAAACAGCGUCACUUCUCACGUAGGUUAGGAUCCAAACCCAACUAUGCUAGGAAACUGCGACCAAUUUAAAGAAUUACGCAAAUAUUGGGCUGGUCGGACGGCCGAGUUUUGGGCCUGCUGCAGAAAGUGCGGUGCUCAAGUGAGGACUCAAAUAAUCGACAUCAAUCUGCCAGUCGUGCAUCAAACACUGCAAGAACAUAACACUAACGAGACUAAAGGUCAUUUUCGCCAGUGUUGAACUAAACAUUAGAUGAGUUGUACCAUGUUUCAUUCAUUGACGAUGAGCCCGAGUGAGUGUCCAAAACAGCGGAUAAUUAAACAACUGGUCCCAACGAUAACCUUCCUGUUUUCCGAUCAAUUGCCUUUUCGGCGCGCAUUUUUUUACCAUUUGGGAUGAAUAUAUGCAUAUGUAUAAUGAAUAAAACGCGUACUAAUAGACUUAUCCUGUCGGCGACAAAAAAUGGUCUUUGAUGCUGUCUAAGAUGUUGAAUCAGUAUGAACUAUAUGUAUUUAGAUCAACUGAGAAUAUAUUUUCCAUUUCAGCCUUGACCGUGUACUGCGCACGCAGGCAAGAAAACACUUUCUCAUGCUGUGUUUUAUUUUAACUGAUGUACAUCACAGGUGGGUCAGGAGUUGA